CCAAUCCAAUCAGAAAGAAUGGUUCCAAGCGUUCCGAUGCUCACUGUAGCCUUGGCUACAGUGGGACUACUGCUCGCGAACUGUGCCUCGGCCCAAUCCAACUGUGCGGCUGUGAUCGUGGGCCUCGCCCCCUGCCUCGACUUCCUCACGGGCAACACGUCGGCGCCCUCCUCCUCGUGCUGCUCCAUGCUUGCGGGCAGUGUUCGGUCUCAGCCACCCGCUUCAUCCCCUGGCAUGAUCAUUUGCGAAACCCGCGCCCUCGAGCUUCCGGGUGCCUGUGAGCUGCAGCAGGUGCACGAGCGGAGUCUCCGGCAGCUACCGCUAACCCUGCCAAACCAGGCGUCGCGACCAGCCCGACACCGUAGGCACCAGCAACACCGUCGACCCCGACCAACUCUGCACAGGAGACCCCAUCCACACCGUCGGCCCCGAGGAGCACCACACCGCCGUCGACAUCAUCAAUCCCGACCGGUACGUCAGGGGUUGAAUCCAAGAUCACACCUUCGACUACGAGCCAACCGUCGAACGGAAUUUCCUGCAACAAAUCGGCGUGUUCUCUAAUUGCCAUCCUCUUCCUCGCAGCCUCUGCCUCUCACCGUAUUCUGUUUUCAGUUCAUGUAUGUGAAUAUGUGUGUGCUAUUGCAUGUCUUUCAUUCUGAGUUCUCAGGGAUGUAUGUGCAUGAUCAAUGAAUAUUAUUACAAUUGUUACA